UUCCGGAAUACGGGCGGAGAGUAAUUUCAGCUCGGUGGCGCUGCUGGGAGGAAAGUUUUCCCGGGCGGGAUUGGGAAUACCGAAGGAGGAAGGAGGAAGCAGGGAGGAGGUCCAGCUUUGGGAGAUAUUUUGGUGUUUGUUUAGCGCCUCGGCUCGUGUCUGGAGGCCGGCGGAGGGCUGCUGUGUGCCGGGCGGGUCUCUCUCUCUCUCUCUCGGUGGAGAUGGGGAAGGAGCAGGAGCUGCUGGAGGCGGCGCGCACGGGGAAUCUGGCCGCCGUAGAGAAGCUCCUAGGCGGGAAGCGGCAGUCCGCUGGAGCCGCUGGAGCUGGAGGAGGAUCCGGAAACGCUGGAGGUGGAAGCGGCCAUGGGUCAUCCUCACACCCGCUCUCCAGCCUGCUCAGUAUCUGGAGGAUUCCUAAUGUGAACUGUGUGGACAGUAAUGGAUACACUCCUCUACAUCACGCUGCUCUGAACGGACACAGUGAGGUGGUGGAACUGCUGUUGAGGAAUGAAGCUUCAACUAACGUAGCUGACAGUAAGGGCUGUUAUCCGCUGCACCUGGCCGCGUGGAAGGGUGACCAGCGCAUCGUCCGGCUGCUCAUUCACCAGGGUCCAUCACACCCCAAACUCAACGAACAGACUUCUCUCGACCUCAGAGAUUUCAAACGCUGUGGCCCGUUUGACCCAUAUAUUAAUGCCAAGAACAAUGAUAACGAGACUCCGCUGCACUGCGCCGCUCAGUACGGUCACUCCGAGGUGGUGCGGCUGCUACUAGAGGAGCUGACCGACCCCACCAUGAGGAAUAACCGGUUCGAGACUCCACUGGAUCUGGCUGCUUUGUAUGGCCGGCUGGAGGUGGUGAAGCUGCUGCUGUGUGCUCACCCCAACCUGCUCAGCUGUAACACGCGCAAACACACGCCGCUGCACCUGGCCUCGCGAAACGGCCACCUGCCCGUGGUGGAGGUGCUGCUGACCUCCGGCAUGGACAUCAACUACCAGACGGAGAAGGGCAGCGCUCUCCAUGAAGCUGCUCUGUUUGGAAAGACUGAUGUGGUCCAGAAACUGCUCAGUGCAGGUAUUGAUGUGAACAUUGUGGACAGUAAGAAUCUGACUGCGCUGGACAUCGUUAGAGAAAUGCCCUCUCAGAAAAGCAGACAGAUCGCAGCUCUCAUACAGGUCCAUAUGAGCGGUCAUCCUCCUGAUCAGGCCCUGCCCCCUCCUCCACCACCCCCACCCCAGGAGAAGCUCAGCCCCCGGAAAAAAGGAGACGUGGAGCAGCAGGUGAACGAUCUGAUGUCCGGGAUGGAGGAAAGUCCGUACGAAGCUCUGUUUGAAGCCUCCUCCUGCCACUCGCUGGACAGUCUGACCAGCGGGAGAUCUUCUGACCGUGAUUCCGGGCGGCCGGACAGCGACACAGGCAGGUUUUUUCCUAAAGACCGUGCUCCUCCUCCUCCCUCUCAGCUCGGACCAGGACAGGAGGAAGAGCUCAGCUCUGAGGCUGUGUAUACCAGCAGUAGUGUGGAUGAGCGGUUGGAGGAGGAUGAUGAUGAUCACCCCUAUGAAACCCUACACACCGCACGCACCAAACACCCCAACACCGACACACACACCCACACAGAUAAAGACAUCUCUGCCAAGUCUUCCAACAGUCUCCUACCUCAGCAGCGGAAGCCCAUUGCACCAACUGACCUUCGACCUCCAGGCUCAAACACACACUCGCUGAAGCCCCCUGGACCGCCUGCAGGUGCUGGCCGACCCUCCGCAGAGAAUUCCGCAGAUCUGAGCGCAAGCGUUCCAGAGCAGUUCACUGGACUACUCCACGGAUCUUCUCCUGUGGUGGACAGCCGUGGAGGGGAAGAAGCGUUCCGGCUGAAGUCCAGCCAAAGCUCCGGCACUUUGACCUCUGCGACCUCCUCUGCCCCCCCUCCCGCAUCCAUGGCAGCCAUCCUCACGGAUCCCGACCCCAAAGCGAUCUACGCCACCGUAAACAAAGAGCCACGGGACUCUCCCUCCCGAGCGUCACCAUCAGCCGGGCGGACGCGUCCGGGCGACCUGAAGUUGGCCCGCAGCCUGUCCAAAUCCGACUCUGACUUGCUGGUGUCUCCGCCCAGCGAGGAGGAGGCGGGACUAGGUGGCCGCAGCGAAUCCGUGUCCAACUGCAGCGCCACCAAGAGGAGGCUGGAGAAAUCGCCCUCCUUCACGUCGGAAUGGGACGAGCAGAGAAAGACCUGUAUCUCCAUCGGUCCCCGGAGACCCCAGUCUGCUCACAGCAUUGAGAAGAUCAUGACGUUAAUAGGAGCUGGCAUCGACUUCUCCAAAGAUCAGGAGAGCAGUGCAUCAGGUGGGGUCAGCCGGCUGUUGGACCAGCCUGUGGGUGAUUGGCUGGAGCAUGUGGGCCUGCCGCAGUACGAGAGCAAACUGCUGCUGAACGGCUUCGAUGACCUGCGCUUCAUGGGCAGUAAUGUGAUGGAGGAGCAGGAUCUGAGGGAGAUCGGGAUUACGGACGCGUCCCACAGGAGGAAACUACUCAGCGCUGCUCGAACUCUACCAAAGGUAAAAGCUCUGGGCUGUGACGGCAGUACGUCUCUCUCUUCCUGGCUUGACUCGUUGGGUCUGACUGAGUAUCUGCACAACUUCCUCACCAGUGGAUACCGCACGCUGGAGUGUGUGAAGAACUUGUGGGAGCUGGAGAUCGUCAAUGUGCUGAAGAUCACCCUGCUGGGUCACAGAAAGAGGAUCAUCGCGUCGUUAGCCGAGCGGCCGUAUGAGGAGCCUCCAGUAAAGCCGCCGCGUCUCUCUCAAAUCAGAUGUCCUGAGCUGAUGUCCCAGUCAUCCUCGCCCCUCAGUCACUCUGACCUCUACACUCACCGCUCCAUGGACCCUCUACUACCUGCAGGAGAUUCUGGGAGGAGAAAAGGCGGAGACUCAGAGUACGACCUGGCAAUCAAACCUAGACCACAGGAGAAGUAUGAAGAACGUCCUCCUGAGUCGCGGUUGACUUUACGCCCCCCGAGCCUGGCAGCCCCCUACGCCCCUGUACAGAACUGGCACCACCAGCCCGAAAAACUCAUCUUCGAGUCCUGCGGCUACGAGGCAAACUAUUUGGGCUCUAUGCUGAUUAAAGAUCUGAGAGGAACCGAGUCUACGCAGGAUGCCUGUGCUAAGAUGAGGAGGUCUACAGAGCAAAUGAGGAAAGUCCCCACCAUCGUUCUCUCCAUCACGUAUAAAGGGGUGAAAUUCAUCGAUGCUGCCAAUAAGAACAUCAUUGCGGAACAUGAGAUCAGGAACAUUUCGUGUGCGGCUCAGGACCCAGAGGACCUGUGCACUUUCGCCUACAUCACUAAAGACCUGCAGACCAGCCACCAUUACUGUCAUGUGUUUAGCACUGUGGACGUGAAUCUGACCUAUGAGAUCAUCCUGACGUUGGGCCAGGCAUUUGAAGUGGCCUAUCAGCUCGCUCUGCAGGCUCAGAGGAACAAGCAGCAGCAGAGCUCCGCGGGGUCAGAGGUCAUUGACACCAAGAGCAGCAGACCUGUUCCUAAACCGCGUGGGAGUGUCCGCAAAUCAGGAGUGGACUCCGUAAACGUGGAUGAAGCUCCGUCUCAGAGCGGUGCCGCCUGGCUGCUGGACCCCAAAGACCCCAAACGCACCGUCAGCACCAACUGACCACCAAACCCCCCCCACGGGACCGGUAGCACGGCUAGGACUGUUCACAUAAUUCACUACCAGGUUUAGUGUGUGUCCUCCAUCCACCACCCCACUGUGUCCACUAACAGUGUUAAUCUGGACCAGCAGCUGAGCCGAGUGACCUCGAUUUCCUACACUGGAGAGCAGCAGCACUGUCCUAAUGACCACACCCACACUGUUCGUUAUCUUUACUAAGAUUUAGUCCAGCUGGGGACAAUAAUGUGAAUUUAACUUCUAUUAUUAGCCAAUCAGGAAACAUCUAGAGGCCAGUUGCGUCCAUCACACAAACACUGUUCCCCAUCGUUUGUUUGUUUGCUUUUGUUGUGCAGUGGGGUCCGAAAGUCAGAAAGCAUGAGCGGAAAAGCUUUGCAUUAGCAUUUUUUUCUAAUUUUAUGCAGUUUUACAUCAAAAUUAUUUGCAUAGCAAAAAAAGAAACUUUGAAAUAUUUUAAGGUAAACGUUUGUGACGAGCAGAUUCUCAACAAGUUAAAAGAUCUGAACAUAGUUGAUCUCAGUAUUUCCUCUUAUAUCUCCUCUGUUUCAAAUUUCUACAAAUUUCAGUUGUUUAUUUCCAGUUUUAAAUGAAAAAAUCCCCCUUUCUCACAGGGCUCAGAGACUUUCAGACCCCACUUGUAUGUUUUACCUCAUCCAUCAUCUCUCCAAGUUUCAGUUUUUGUUGAAAAUGUUUACUGAAGUGAAACAUUUCAGUCUCAGAUCUGCAGAAACUGUUCUGUAAGUCCUCACCGAGCCGGAUCUCGUGACACGGUACGAUACUCAGACUGUUUUGUUGUUUAUUUUUAGCGUGAAAUCCUGAGCGGUACGUUCAGAGCUCCUUCUGCUCCUCUUAGUAACUCUAUUAUUGUAAACUGUGAUUCUGGAUCAGAUGAACUUGGAGAUAAAGCAACACUAGAAACCUUCUGUUGAAAGAUUGUUACUUUACCCGAAUUGCUCGAUCAGUAAUGCUAACAUUGCAAAUAAUGAAUGACAGCGAAUCAGCUUUAAGAAAAUGCGACUGGCUGAUGUUUGUUAUCUGCAAAGUUUGUAUUUAUUUAAAAGCUGAAAUCCGAAUAUCUGGGUUGUUUGAAGAAGUUGGUUAAUAAUAAUAACAAUAAUAAUAAAAAUAAGUUAAACAUCUCAUGAUUGCUAAUCGAUACUGAAAGACAAAAAGUUAGGAAUAUAAACAUGGGAAAAACAGCUCGGCUCUCUUCUAAGCGUUUAGUUGUAGUUGACAGGAAGUGGUACUUAAAGCAUUUAAUCCUAGUUUACAGGAAAUUGAAAAAAAGAUAUUUUACGUCUGGUUGUGUUUCUUUUGGUUGGUACAGUGCUAAACGCAGGCCGAUGCUAACGCUAACACCUGCUAACGGCUGCAGUGUUUGCACGUUUGUUACUCAUGUUUGCGAGUAAACGUUUUUUUGAUUAUAUUAAUGACUUUGCUAAGAAUAUGAACAAUAAUAGACUGUAAAGUAAUGUUGGGCAGUGUGUAUUUUGAUACUUGAAUGAUUCAGCUUUUAUAUAUAUAUCUGUCUCUCUCUCUCUCUAUAUAUAUAUAUAUAUGUAUGUAUAUGUAUAUGUAUGUAUGUAAGGUUUUUUGUCUUUCUUUCUGUUUUCGAUCAUGAUUUUUGUUUUUAAAGCUCAACAUAUCAGGCCGAGUUGGUGGACAGUUUGGGUCUGAGAUGAAUCUCUCAAAGAGACUCGCUAUGGCGUAUGUAGUACAGAACGAUUGUACAUAACCUUGGGCUUCCAGUCUUUUUUUAUGAUUAUUAUUAUUUUUCAUAAUUGUACAUCUAAUAAAUGAAGAGAUGGUAUCGAAAA